GGGAGAGAGCAUCUCCCAUUGAGUUAUACAUUACAUGGUAAUGAGCACUAGCACAUGGUUUCAUGUGCUGGCCCCCUCCCUACUUUCCUUUUACAUUUUCACCUUUCUAGUGGCAGAGGAUAGCCAUUAGCCAGUACAAUUACAACGUUUCUCCAAAUGGGCUUUCGCUAAAACCGGUCAUUUAAUAUGAAAAUCUUCCCUCACUCGAAGCCUCGUCUAAAUAUUACUCUCUCUCUCUCUCUCUCCAUUCUCUCCUGUUUUGGAAAAAAAUACAGAUUCCGCUGGCGUUCUCUCUCCAUGAAAUCCUCCAAAUUUUCAUCUAUAGCUCUGGAAUCAAAUUUUUGGAUCCUCCAAAAAUAGCUAGAAACGAGGUAUUACUCUGUUUUCUCCAGCUUUUCUUCUAAUACAAAAAGUUGUGGGGUUGGGGACUGGAGAGAGCACAUAUAGACCUCAGAAUAGAAGCGAACAACAAAUCAAAAGAAGCUGAGAUGGUUAGAAGAUCCGUUUCAAUGCUGUCUCUAUCCAAUCUGAGAAAUGGGUUGCUCUGAAUUCUGGAUUUGGCUGUGAAUCGUGGAAAGAAUCCGUAGAAGAUGCGGCGAAGGGCGACCGACUACCGGCGCCCAGUCCGAAGGAGGUUUUCUUAUUGGAUCUGGGGACUCCUUGUCUUGUUCUUAGUUGCAGGUUUGGUGCUAUUCGUCGUACAUCAUCACCAUGAAUACCGGGCUGAACAGUCGAUACAGGAGAACAGAAGGACUGAAGUUGUUCCAAGUGAGGGUUUGAAUUUCACGGAAGAACUAUUAAGCGUGACCUCAUUUGCCCGGCAGUUAAGCAAUCAAAUGACACUUGCCAAGUCUUAUGUUAUUAUAGCAAAAGAGCACAAUAACCUUCAACUUGCUUGGGAAUUGAGCUCAAAAAUCAGGAGCUGUCAGCUUUUGCUCUCAAAGGCUGCCAUGAGAGGAGAAUCUCUCUCAUUAGAUGAAGCACAGCCCAUAAUUGAGGGCCUAACCUCACUGAUCUAUAAGGCACAAGAUGCUCAUUAUGACAUUGCUACCACAAUCAUGACAAUGAAGUCCCACAUCCAAGCCCUUGAAGAGCGUGCAAAUGCAGCAGUAGUGCAGAGUGCAGUUUUUGGGCAGUUGGCUGCAGAGUCUCUGCCCAAGAAUCUCCACUGCUUGAACAUCAAACUCACAGCUGAUUGGCUUAGAAAUCCUUCCAUUCAAGAGCUUGCUAAUGAGAAUAGUAACUCCCCUCGCCUUGUGGAUAACAAUCUCUACCAUUUCUGCAUUUUCUCAGAUAAUGUGCUGGCAACCUCAGUAGUCAUUAACUCAACCAUCUCCAAUGCUGACCAUCCAAAGCAGUUAGUGUUCCAUAUUGUCACAAAUGGGAUCAGCUAUGGAGCAAUGCAGACAUGGUUUCUCACUAACGAUUUCAAGGGAUCCACCAUAGAAGUGCAGAACAUCGAAGAGUUUUCUUGGUUCAAUGUCACUUAUUCUCCUGUUAUGAAACAACUCCUUGAUGCAGAGACACGAGCUCUCUACUUUGGGAGCUCUGAAGAAGGCGAAGCAAAGUUUCGGAAUCCAAAAUACCUAUACUUUCUUAACCACCUAAGGUUUUACAUUCCAGAAAUAUAUCCCUUACUGGAGAAGGUAGUUUUUCUGGAUGACGACAUUGUUGUACAAAAGGAUCUGACCCCUCUUUUCUCAUUGGAUUUGCAUGGAAAUGUGAAUGGAGCUGUUGAGACUUGCCUUGAGGCAUUCCAUCGUUAUUAUAAAUAUUUUAAUUUCUCAAACCCACUCAUUAGCUCAAAGUUUGAUCCACAGGCUUGUGGAUGGGCAUUUGGGAUGAAUGUUUUUGAUCUGAUUGCAUGGAAGAAGGCAAAUGUUACUGGACGGUAUCACUACUGGCAGGAACAGAAUUCUGACCGGACGCUCUGGAAAUUGGGGACUCUUCCACCUGGCCUUUUGGCAUUUUAUGGAUUGACAGAGCCUCUUGAUAGGAGAUGGCAUGUGCUAGGGCUGGGAUAUGAUGUGAACAUUGACAACCGUCUGAUUGAAAGUGCAGCUGUCAUUCACUUUAAUGGUAAUAUGAAGCCAUGGCUGAAGUUGGCCAUUAACAGGUACAAACCUUUGUGGGAGCGGUAUGUAAAUCAUACAUACCCAUUUCUGCAAGAUUGCCUCACAAGUUGAGAAUGUGCUAAUUUCCUUUCCAGGUCAAUUUGAUGCAAUAGUCAAAUACAUUUGGCCUCUCAAGCAAUGGUCACAUUCUUGUAGUCAAAAGCAAAAGCUUUGCGCUGGUAGAAGCUAUUCAUUUCCUUUUGUCAUUUAAAGGAAAAGGUUUUAUACAUCAGAAAACAUUAAUGUACUAGAUCUAGGGGUAUGGAUAAUUCUUUCUUUGCUGAUAGGGCUUCCUUUCUUCCUCUCCUGGGGGAGGGGGUCUUCGAGGAUGAAUUGUUCUGUAGCAAAUUUUGUAAUAAUUCAUCUGCUCUUUUAGAUUAGAAUGUAUCUGGACCCAAAUUUUUUGUAAUCCAGCCAGAUGAUCUGGUGAUAGAUGUAAAUUUUCACAAGACCCUUCUUUUGGGGGCAUUUCAUCAAGAAAAAAGUUGUUUAGAUAAUCAA